GGAGGAGGGGAGUUGGAUGCGCUCUCCAUCCAUUAGGAGACAAAGAGCAAAUUGCCUUACUUUAAAGUCAAACGCUCGGCUAAUGAAGGUGCUGGCUGCCGCGUGCCGUGUGCCCCGCGUGGAAUAUGUACCUUCCCGUCGCGGGUUCCCGCCUCAUCCCGGGAGUCCAGACGCCACUCUGAGGAUGGAGAGAUAAGACGCCGUCACCGCAGGCUCUGCCGGAACCCCGUGCUGCACCUACACCCUCGUCCUCAUGGAUCGAAAUAGAGAGGCCGAGACGGAGCCGAGGGGCGGCCCCAGCCCCCCCAGGGCUAGCCGGAGCCGCGAGGGGGACGGGGACAAGGCCGCGUGCCACAGCUGCUGCCUCUGUGGCAAGAGCUUCGCCUUCCAGAGCUCGCUGUCGCAGCACAUGCGCAAGCACACCGGGGAGAAGCCCUACAAGUGCCCCUACUGUGAGCACAGGGCCUCGCAGAAGGGCAGCCUGAAGAUCCACAUCCGCGGCCACCGCCCGGGGACCCUGAUCCAGGGCCACGAACCCGAGGCCGGGGAGGCCCCGCCUGGCGAGCCGCGUGCGGCCGAGGGCCUGGACGGGUGCGCCAGCCCCACCAAGAGCACGUCGGCCUGCAACGGGGUGCUGAAUGGGGCCGCGCCCGGGGACAGCGGCAGGAUCCUGCUGCGCAGCAGCCGCAGGGAGGCCGAGGGCGCCGCGAGUGCCCCGGAGGAGGCCCAGCCCGCCGCCCAGUGCUCCUUCUGCAGGACCCAGUUCGAGCGGAAGAAGGACCUGGAGCUGCACGUGCACCAGGCCCACAAGCCCUUCAAGUGCCGGCUGUGCAGCUUCGUGACGCUGCGGGAGGAGUCGCUGCUCAGCCAUGUCGAACGGGACCACAUCACCGUGCAGGUGCCCAACGGCGCAGGGGUCUCCAUGGAGAACGGCAAGCCCGAGCUGGGCCCGGGGGAGUUCCCCUGCGAGGUGUGCGGCCAGGCCUUCAGCCAGACCUGGUUCCUCAAGGCGCACAUGAAGAAGCACCGCGGCUCCUUCGACCACGGCUGCCACAUCUGUGGCCGGAGGUUCAAGGAGCCGUGGUUCCUCAAGAACCACAUGAAGGCACACGGGCCCAAACCUGGGAGCAAGAACCGGCCCCGCGGCGAGCUGGACCCCAUCGCCACCAUCAACAACGUGGUGCAGGAGGAGGUCGUUGUCGCCGGCCUGUCCCUCUACGAGGUGUGCGCCAAGUGCGGAAACCUGUUUACAAACCUGGACAGCUUGAACGCCCACAACGCCAUCCACCGCCGGGUCGAAGCCAGCCGGACGCGGGCGCCGGCCGAGGACGGGGCCUCUGAGGGCCCCACGGACACCAAGCAGUUUUUCCUACAGUGCCUGAGUCUGAGACCCUCGGCGGCCAGCGACAAGCUCCCCGGCGGGCCGGCUGGACGGCGGGUGGCCGAGUUGGACCCCGUCAACAGUUACCAGGCCUGGCAGCUGGCCACCAGGGGCAAGGUGGCCGAGCCCGCCGAGUACCUCAAGUAUGGAGCCUGGGACGAGGCGCUGGCUGGGGACGUGGCCUUCGACAAGGACCGGCGCGAGUACAUCUUGGUGAGCCAGGAGAAGCGCAAGCGAGAGCAGGAUGCGCCGGCUACCCAGGGUCCCCCCAGGAAGAGGGCCAGCCUGCCCGGUGACCCCAUGUUGCCUGGCCACCUUGACCCACGGCCCACCGUACGUCCCAGCCGCCGGGCCGCGGCCGCCGCUGGCCAGGGCAAGUCCUCUGAGUGCUUUGAGUGCGGCAAGAUCUUCCGCACCUACCACCAGAUGGUGCUGCACUCCCGUGUGCACCGCCGCGCUCGCAGAGACAGGGACGGCGACCGGGCCGUGCGUGCCCGCUGCGGCUCCCUCAGCGAGGGGGACUCGGCUUCCCAGCCCAGCAGCCCGGCCUCCGCCUGCGCCACCGCCGACUCCCCAGGCUCUGGAUUGGCCGACGAGGCCGGCGAUGACAGCAGCGAGGAGGCCGCCCCCGAACCUGCACCAGGGGGACAGCCGCGUGGCUGCUGCUUUCCCGGAGAGAUGGCCUCCUCUGUGCUCUCCAACGGGGACCAGGCUCGCGCGCUCAGAACCAGCCCCUCCGAAAGAGACGCCGCUGUGCCCAUGGCCGGGAUCGUCCUCGAAGACUGUGGCAGGGAGACGUGCACGCGGCCCGAGCCGUGUCGGGCUUCUGCCUCCUGGAAGACGCCAGCGCUUCACCCCAGUGCCCCUGACGGUGUGGACACCCCUCCGAGCGUGGCCGGAGCAGACCCGCAGCUCGCGCCGGAGGGCCAGGCCGGCCACCCCAGAGAAAAGCCAUCCGCCGGGCACCGCCGGGAGCACCCUGCGGGCGGGAGACGGGCGCCGGCCCCAGACCUGACCCCACUGGAUUUGAGCGCCAGGUCGAGCCGGGCUGACCCCAGCAGUAAGGACGCGGCCUCAUCCCUGCAAGCCGCGCUGGUCGUCCACCCGUGUCCUUACUGUGACCACAAGACCUACUACCCGGAGGUCCUGUGGGUGCACAAGCGCAUCUGGCACAGGGUCAGCUGCAACUCCAUGGCUCCGCAGUGGACUCAGCCCGACGGCCAGCGCAGCCUAAGGAGCAGCCUGGUGUUCCUGUCCCGGAGCGGGCGCACGGGGCCCCCGCCUGCCCUGGGCGGCAAGGAGUGCCAGCCGCUGCUCCUGGCGCGCUUCACCCGCACUCAGGUGCCAGGCAGGGCGCCGGGACCCCGAGGCGGCAGCUCUGCUCCCCUGGCCGCGAGCACGAGAGCCCCUGGGCCGCCCAAGGGCAAAGAGAGCCAGUCCAGCAGCCCCUGUGCGCUGUGGACGUCAGGUGCCGACGGCUCUCGACAGACCAAACCCGGCCCCGGCCAGGAGCCCCUGCUGAAACCCAAGCUGGAGGCUGGCUCCAGGCCGGCGCCCGCCCCGGGCAGCGGCGGGAGCCUCAGUAGAAGCGCCACCCCCACGCCCACUGUGAUUACCCGGGUGGGCGCCCAGCCCGCGGCCAGCAGCAAGCCACUGGAGAAGUACGGGGCCCCCCCAAGUAAGCACAUCACCCCCGAACCACUGAAAGCCAAAUGCAGCCCUCAGCCUCAGGGGCAGCCUCCCGCGAACGCCGACGGGGGCCCCCCUCUCCCUCCCUGUGAGCCCCCUCUGAAGGCAGCCCAGGAGCUGAGGACGCUGGCCAGCUGUGCCGCGGGGUCCCGGGGAGACGCGGCCGGGGCGCCCCCCGUCCUACACUCCAUCAAGCAGGAGCCGGCCGCCGAGGGCCACGAGAAGCGCUUGGACAUCCUCAGCGUCUUCAAGACAUACAUUCCAAAGGACCUGGCCACGCUGUACCAGGGCUGGGGUGGCAGCCCCGGGCCAGAGCACAGAGGGACGCUCCGGCCACAGGCACGCCCCGGGGACUUCGUCUGUGUCGAGUGCGGGAAGAGCUUCCACCAGCCCAGCCACCUCAGGGCCCACAUGCGGGCGCACACAGUGGCCUGUGUGGAUUUGUCCCUGGGCGUUCGGAUUCUUCAAGGACAUGCGGUCUCCUUGACGUGUCGUGGGGUGACAGCUUUAAGAAUCCGUAGCGUUGGCCAGAAUCUGAGAGACAUCAGGAACAGGCGGCGGUUGGUUCUGCAGGGCCUUCUCUCCUGUCCUGUCCUCUCCAUUGUUUGUAAAACGUCACCGUUGACACUUUUUUAAGAUUGAUUGAUUGAUUUGAAAGGCUUACUGAUGGAGAGCGGGUGAGAGAGAUCUUCCAUCCGCUGGUUCACUCCACAAAUGGCCGCAGGGGCUCGGGCUGGGCCAGAUGGAAGCCAGGAACCAGGAGCUUCAUCCGGGUCUCACACACAGGUGCAGGGGCCCAAGGACUUGGGUCUUCUUCCACUGCUUCCCCGGGCACAGCGGCAGGGAAGCUGGAUCAGAAGUGGAGCAGCUGGGAUUCGAACUGGCGCCCACACGGGGUGCUGGCUGCUGGCGUGGUGGUGGCUUAACCCACUGCACCGCACAGCGGCCCCUCACAGUCGGGGUUUCAUGCGGAUGUUACAGAUCUGCAGGGGCAUGUUCUGUCACUAUGUGUACCUAGCGUGUAGCUCUUCCUGUUUAUCAUCCGUGUUCUUUUCGUGUGCAGCACGAGCAAAUUAACACUUAAAUCAGGUUCUCUCCCUGUGGCAGCAGAAGCUGUUGCUUGUGGGCUGUCUCUGGAUCCUGCGAAGCUUUGUGUUCACACAGAAGCUGUUUGCUAGGACAAGGUCGCCGAGCUCUUGCCAGUGCACAUAGUAGAUGCCAAAUUAACUGAGUGGAGCUGUGUUUGGGGGGUGGGCCUUCCAGCUGUCAUUCCCGCACCGGGCACACUGGGUACCGGGCACCCGCCCCUGGCGGGGUCCUGAGGGGCCAGGACCAACUCUGCCCACCCCCGUGUCUGCCUGGCCAGGGGCGAUUGAGAAAAGGAGUACAUGCCCGCCCCACACUGCGGUGUCGGUGUCUGGGAGACCCUGCUAGGGUGGAGGAAGAUCGGCUGGGAAGGAGCCCUCGGGAGAGAGCCGGAGGUGGGAGGUGGGAGAGCGGGCGCUGUCACAGGAGCCCGGUGGGCGUGUGCUUCCGUAGCUCUCGGCCCUUCUGGUUGGAGAGAUGGUUGUUGGGUUGUUAAAGGGGGUGUGGGCAAGCCAUGAGAAAGGUUGCGUCAGCGUGGGGGGGGUGGUUUCCUUGUUCUCUCUCCAGAAGGCUUCUGGCUGGUGGGGUCAUUGUGUGUGUGUAUCAGUGCUUGAAAAUGUUUGUGGGAAGAUGGAAUUAAAAGGUGAUAAGUUUAUUUUAUGCAAAAAAUGUUUGUAUGUGUGUAUAACCUCCCCUCGUGUGUACGCACAGGAACCACCCAGGUGCCCCAGGGCCCACUUUGCCAUUAUUAGUAUUUACACUUCCUGUCCUGGGUGAUCCGGCCAGCCCCGCCAGGCCUGAUGCAGUUCGGCCGCUGUGAGUCCGGCAGGUCUGGGUCCGCUUUGUUCCUCCGGGGUCCGCACACGGGAACCGAGGAGCGCAGCCCUCCCCUCUGCCGUGCUGCUGGAGCUGCUCCCGUCUGUGGGGUG